AAGUCCGGCGUCGAAUGCGUCGUGACGUCAUCAGAAAGUGCCGGGAACUGUUGCUAAGGUGACGGCGGUUGAAAGAUGGAGGCGGAAGAAGCUGCAGCGAGAGUCUUGCAGGCACACAUUCGUGGUGUUCUGGUUCGCCGGAAGUUACAAAGGGUGCAUCAAGAAUAUUUGGAGGUGGUGCGAGAGAUUGAGGGAGAGGAAUUUGUCCUGUACCCAGGAAAAUGGUUAUUAUCUAUUCCAAAGUUGACUACAUUGGAUAGAAUUCAAGCAACCAAACCCAACAAGCCUGAAUAUAAUGGCUAUUCCCAUUCCAAACUUUCAACAUCUGCAGGCCAGUGUAUAGAAUUCCAGCACAGGAAAGCGCCUCUCAAUGUUACUUCAGGGGGAAAAGGAACACUUGGCUUUCUACAGCUGAUGAAAACAGAAACAAGUAUGCCCUGUGUAGAUAGAGAAAGAGAUGUACAGACUCCAGAAAAACCAUGUUACCCGGUAGAAACAGUUGCCUCCCGUUCAGUCUCUGAUGGCCAGAAAGUAAAAGAUGACUUUAUCGGGACCAUUGACCCAGAAAGAGACAUCUCCAUUAUUAAAAGAACCAGAGCAGAAAGAGAAGACUGCUUUCCAGUGAGUGAUAGCUGCAUUGCCCUCAUUGAUGCUCCAGUACAAGAGGCAACCCAUACAGAGACUGAUACCUCAGUUGAAGAGGCCAGCCACAUUGAGACUAAAGCCCUUUUAAGGGAGGCGAGCCAUACAGGGACUGUUGCCUCAGGAAGAAAAGCGUGCCAUUCAGAGUAUGAAUCCACAGUUAGUGGGGCCAGCCAUACAGAGACAGAUGCUCCAGCAAGGGAGACCAGCCUUGACGAUGACAAGAAAAUUGAGGAUUUUUUGAUGCUGAAAAAUUGCCAUUUAAAAGAAGUCCCGUCAAGAAUUUCUAUCCCUGAUAUAGAGCAUACCUUUCCUCAUUCUGACAUUGCAACUAGCACCUUUCAGACUGUGGGGAGAAGAAAAGAUCAUUCAUUGUUGUGUAAAGAAAAUGAGAAUAUAGAGCUUACAGUGAAGACUGCGAGUGAGCUAAGAAGGCACAGAAGUCACUUGGCUAUGGAGAUCUUGUGGGUCCAACAAGCAAUUGCUAGUAGAAAGAAUUAUCUUAUGGUAAGACAGAGGAUAGGGGCCUGUGAUUGAUCUUCGGUGAUCUUGAAAUCAUCUGUCAGCCAGAACUUUCGCAGUGCCGGUUUUACAAAUACUUCAGGACAGUAGUCACAGAUUUUCCAUGGAGGAUUGAACAUCAGGUUUUUCACUAAAUUGAUCAGGAUCCUCGCUGCUGAAUUUUCCUGUUAAGAAAUAACAAUGGACAUUUUACAACAUUUAAUAAUGGUUGGUGCAAAUAAGUAAUAAAGCACUUUAUUUAUUGUGUGUC